AUGGACUUCUACGAAUCUUCGUUUUUCCAGGAGCCAAACAAGUGCCUCCCCACUCCGGAGCAAGUGAAGGCAUUAUCAAAAGAUAUUGGUACCACCCCUCAACCGCAGCCAGUGAAAUUCAAAAAUUCCGGAGUCUUUGUCAAAUUUGGUCCUUAUGUCACAAUUGCGGAAGCCCAGUGUCUUUGGAUGAUCAAAAAAGCCUUCAGCAACCAAAUCCCCGUCCCCGAAAUUUUUGGUUGGCGAGUUGAUGAACAAAAGAACGUCUUUCUUUACAUGGAGCUUAUUCAAGGGCGCACAUUGCUCGAGUCAUGGGAUACCCUUGACAAGUUAGACAAGAGCUCUCUUGUCGAUCAACUACGCCAGAUAGUACAAGAUCUACGCUCUCUUGAACAGAAUCCAUUGUUGGACCCUUAUAUCGGAUCAAUAAGUGGUCAGAGAGUUCAAGAUUAUGUCUUUGAGUCCUUCCCAAACGCCGGUCCUUUCGCUUCCAUCAAGGAUUUCAAUGACUGGUUUGCUUCUUUACCCCAGACACAGGCUCCGAACAAAUUCGAGGAUCCUUACAGACAUCUUUUGCCCGAUAGUGGGACAAUUAAAUUCACCCAUGCCGAUCUACACCGUGGCAAUAUUAUGGUAUCUUCCAGCAAACCUGUUCGUAUCCUUGCUGUGGUAGACUGGGGACUAUCUGGAUGGUACCCAGAUUAUUGGGAAUUUUGUAAAGCAUGUUACACUAGUUAUGAAGGAGAAGAAUGGCGACAAGAAUGGAUUAAUGAAUUCUUAUGCCCAUCUACCCAGGCACAGUUGGCGUUUUCAGAAUAUAUCAUGAUACUGGGCGCUUUCUGA